UGAUUCCAUGGUGAAACGCUGCAGAGUUCGAUGGUUUCUGAGUGGAAUAAAGAGACGAGCUGCAGCUCCUCAGGUCUGAGUUUUAUGUUUGGACACGUUUCCUCCUUUGACAAACUCUGAUUUACCAGCAGACACGCUGCUGUUUACAUUCCUGUGAAUCCAUCGGUUACUGCAGACGAGCUGGAACUGGAACUGGGGGGCAAAUACUUCAUAAUGACUCUGUUAAUACAUAAACUGAGUAUUUAUACAAGUUUUCUCUGUUUACAGCCGCAGGGACCAAAGUCCUGCAGAGAACAUGAAGGGUCCAAACAUCUGAGCCUGAAGAGGAGGAGGAACCUGAAGGAAAUGUCCAGGAAACAUUCAGGAAACAUUUAGGAAACAUUCAGGGAACAUCCAGUUUCACCUUCUGGAUGUUGAUCUGGAGUUUAAAUAACGCAGUCUGUGGGUUGGACGUAGAGGGUUCCGUCGGUGGAUCCGUGGUCCUGCCCUGCAUCUACAGCGACCCUCUUCCCUCCAGCGUCUCCGUCUACUGGAGGGACAAAGACGACCUGAGCGUCCUGGACAUCGUCAAGAGCUCAGAGAACAGAACGUCUCAGCACCAGAGGUUCAGAGGACGAGUGUCCAGCUUCCCCCAGCUCUAUGCCAAAGGGAACUUCUCCGUGGAGAUGAGGGACCUGAAACCAGAGGACCAGGGGCCCUAUGAGUGUGAGGUCCUCCGAGUCCACUUCAAGAGGAAGGUCACUCUGAAGGUCUCCGAUUUUCUAAAGGUGUCUCCGACUCGUCCGUCUAACACUGCAGCUGAUUGGUCGUCCAACCCUCGGACAGUGAUCUCUGCUCUGCUGGUGUCAGGUUUCAUUUUGUUCUAACAGCUCCUUAUAUGGUCUCAUUUAUCAUCCAAUCAGAGGACAGAACAACAAACACCUGCCUCUCAUCACCCGCAGCUCCACCUUCACCUCCAUAAACUCACCUGGACGCUUCCAGUCGGUCCAGACUAGUCAUCAAUCAGCUGAUCAAUCAGUUUGAGGAACUGUUUCAUAAAGACAUCUAAAUUCUGUGAGAAUAUUUCCUGGUUCCUUUUGACAGGAACCUGAAUUUAUUUGAAGAACCUCAGAUCAACGUAUUCCACCUUCUACAGAUCGAUCAGCUGAUCGAUCGAUCAGCUGAUUCAUCUCUAGAAGGUGGAACACGUUGAUCCAGAAAAUAUUCCACCCUGAGAGUCUGAUUACCAUCUUUAGAACAGAUCUAAGGUCUAGUUUCGAGUUUUUCACGAUGUGGCGUUCCUCAGGGUUCUAACCUGGAUCCUUUUAACUUAAUAAUGAGUCUGAAGAACUCCCAGAGGAUUGAAACAAACCAAAGAUGAUUCAGGUUAGAACCCUGAGGAACGCCACAGGACGGAAACUGUCUUUGUUGGUGGUUAGACUCUCAGAGGUUCUGAUGUUUUUAAGGUGGUUCUCUGUGAUGUUCUGAUGUUUCUGAUUAAUAUCCAACAGGUUCAGUCAGAACCGGAACAAACUAGUCUGGAACUGAGUCCGACAGUUUUCAUUUGUGUGUUAUAACAAGUCGGAGGUUCUUCCAGAGGAUUGAAACUGAAACCGACUGGAAAACAUCAGAACCAAAAGUCUAAUUACCAACGAAGACAGUUUGAUUGUCAUUAGAACAGAAAUAAGCUCAAGUUUAGAGUUUUUCUUGGCGUGGCGUUCCUCAGGGUUCUAACCUGGAUCCUCUUCAGUUUCCAUUAAUGAGUGUUUAAUCUACUAACCUACUAAGUAAACAGUUUCAAAUAACUUUGAGGUCUUCUAAAAGACUUUUCAACAUCAUUACAAAAGUUUUGUUUUAAAGAAAUGAGUGCCAGUUUGUUGUAUUUGAGUUCUACGUCGUUUAAAUGUGAGUUUUUCAUGGCAUGGCGUUCCUCAGGGUUCUAACCUGGAUCCUCUUUGAUUCGGAUGCUUUGUGUUUUUGAACUUCAUAAUGAGUCUGAGGUUCUUUCAGAGGAUUGAAACGGUCAGACCCAGUUCCAGACUAGUUUGUUCUGGUUGUGACUGCACUUGUUGGUUAUUAAUCAUUAAAUCAUCUCAACAGAACCACUUUAAACAGGAACCGCAUUAAAACAUCAUGAGAUCUGAGACAUGGUGGAACCUGGAGAAUGUUUAGGUUCUCAAUCAGCUGCACGUAUUUAUUGGAACUAUUUAGUGUCUUUUUCUGCUGAACAAGCAAAGUAACCACUAUUUAUUCUGUUUAUUAACCUGUAGAAAACCAACAGACAACAUGGAAACAACGCUUCUACAACAUUAGCGCUGGUGUUGUUUUUAGAGAGUCAAAGCUUUAAGGUUACUUGUUUUAUACAUGACUUUAGCACCUUUAAUGUUCUAGCUGCUGCUACAUGAAGAAUGUUCCUAACCUGUUCUGUGCUGCGAUGUUAAUAUUAAUGUUUAUUGAUCUGCUGAUUUAUUGAUCAUUGGAGGAAGUUUUAGUUUGAAGAAGAACUGAUCAGUCGACUGACAGAUAAACAACCUGAUUAGCUGACUGUUUGGACCUUUAUCAACCAGAAAUAGAGAAAAACUUGUUACUGAUUAACAACGUUAAAGAAAAACACGAUUACUGAUUUCUGGUGUCCUUCUUUUCCGACAGUAAAAUGAAGAUUUUAGGACAAAACAACGAAUCGAUCCAUCUAGAAAACAGUUGACGGUGUAAAUAACUGGUAGUUUAACUGUAAAUGACAAGAAAAUCAGACUCAGUUUUGUCGUAUUUGAGUUUUACGUUGUUUUUCUUGACGUGGCGUCCCACAAGGAUCAGACCUGGAUCCUCUUUGGUUUCCAUUUCUGAGUACUUAAUCUUCUAAGUUUCUAAUUAAACAGUUUAAAACAUCUGUUUACUCUUCUAAGUUUCUAAUUAAACAGUUUAAAACAUAUGUUUACUCUUCUAAGUUUCUAAUUAAACAGUUUAAAACAUCUAUUUAGUCUUCUAAGUUUCUAAUUAAACAGUUUAAAACAUCUGUUUAGUCUUCUAAAAUACUUUUCAACAUCAUUACAAGAGUUUUGUUUUAAAAGAAAUAAGUGCCAAUUUCUUGUGUUUCAGUUUUACGGCAUUUAAAUUUGUUUUUUUCUUGCCGUGGCGUCCCACAGGGUUCUAACCUGGAUCCUCUCUGGUUUCCGUUAAUGAGUGUUUAAUCCUCUAACUUCAGAAUUAAACAGUUUAAAAUAUCUUUGAGGUCUUCUAAAAGACAUGUCAACAUCACUACAAGAGUUCUCCUUUGUUUGUUUUCUUUGUUUAUCGCAGCAUGGCGCCAUCAUGUGGUCAAAUCAGAACAUUUAAAAAACUGUUACAUGUUUGAGGCACCAAAUGAAACCUAGAACCAGAAUUCUUAAGGUGCUGCUGCCCUCUACUGGAUCCUGCAGCACAUUACAGGAUGAUUUUACUCCACCUGAACUCUUCAUCAACAAAAAACAUUUUACAGUCAGUUUGGUUUGUUCUGAUUGGACCAACAGGAGGCGCUGCAGCAUCCGUUAUCAUCCUGUUAUCUCUGGUUUAAUCAAUAAAACGAGGUUUCCGUCAGUCGACUGAUCGAUGAGGCAGCUCUGGAGGGAAGACAUCAGUGAUAGGGAUUCUAAAGGGAAAUGUUGUCAAGUUUCUGCUGUUUGUUCUGAAAUAAAACCUGAAGUUCA